UGUUUUCCAUGGACUAGCAGCCUAGUAGGGUUUUAGAGCUGUACUUUAUACUUCGUAAUUUGCAGAGUGAACGGCAAGCCUGGAGCUGUAAAGUGAUCGAAGUAUCUAAAAUAACUAACUGAAGCAAAGUUACUUCCAUGUGUGCUGCCAUUUCUCCCAUGAACUCCUUCUCUGCAUCGAUCUCAAUCAUUUGGGAAAGCCGGUAAGACCCUUCUAUGUUGUUCUUGCCGCUAUGAACUUCGUUUCUUUUCCUCCUCAUACCCUAAAGAACUUCUUGUAUCUAAAAUAACUACUCGUUCUACCUUUCACACCUUAGGGAAAGCAGUUCACGGCUGCAGAAGUUAAAAUAGUUUCCUUCUUACAGAGAACUCCUUGCAUCGAUGACAUGCUGCCUAGUUUUAUUCUGUACGGUUUCUACUUUGAAGCGUAUAAAUCCCCAUGUGGGCUUCGGCAAUCAGGUCGUUUUCUCGUAAGAAAUCGAUAAUACCCUGUAAAAUAUCCCUCUUUGCUUCGGUAUCCACUGCGAGUCAAUUAAAUCUUCACUUGUUGGACCCAUUUGCUGAAGAAAAACCUGUUUCUACAGAAAACCGUUGUGACUUUCAUGAAAAUUUUAUUGAAUUAGAUACUCCUAGAGUUGUUCAAAUAUUGUACGGUUUGAGGAAGGAACCCAAUACUGCCCUUUCAUUUUUCCGCCGGCUGAAGGACCAUGGUUUCCGACAUGGUGUUGAAACUUACUCAGAAAUCACUCGAAUUCUGUGUCAUUCGGGUUUUCAGAGGAAGUUGGGAUCUCUCUUUUCGGAGCUUGUUGGUUUGAAGGCAGAUGACCUGGGUUUUGAAAUUCCUGCUCUCUUUGAGGCUCUAUCUGAGAGACGUGAGUAUGGAGUAGAGGGUGAGAGGCGUGAUUGUGAGGGAGAGAAUAAGCUUUCUAGUCCCUCAGUUAAGGCGCUUGAUGCAUUGAUCAAAGUUUAUGUUGAUCGUCAGAUGUUCACUGAGGCUGUUGAUGCUUUAUUCCAAACAAGAAGGCGUGGGAUUCUUCCCCAUGUCUGGACCUGCAAUUUCCUCUUAAAUUCCUUGACUGAACGUGGUGAACUGGAUAUGGUCUUGGCCAUUUAUCCACAACUGAAGAUGCUAGGACUGAGCCCUAAUGUUUACACUUAUACUAUUGUUAUCAAGGCAUUAUGCAGAAAUGGGGAUUUGGAAAAGGCCAUAGAUGUGUUGGACGAGAUGCAGGAAGCUGGGAUAACCCCUGAUGACUUCACUCGUGGAACGUUCAUUAAAGCAUUGUGCUUGCGUGGGGAGUCCAAUUUGAGUUAUAAGCUGCUCCAAGGAUGGAGGGUGUCUGGAAUCCAGUUGAGUAUUUUUUGUUACAAUGCUGUGAUUGAAGGGUUCUGCAGGGAGAAGAAGCUACAGGAUGCUGAGAUUGUCUUAAAUGACAUUGGAAAGCAAGGGUUGGUCCCUGAUAUAUAUAGUUACAGUAGCCUGAUUGAUGGAUACUGUGGUAUUUGGAAUUUACCAAGGGCCGUUUGUCUCUACAAUGAGAUGAAGUCACUGGGUAUCAGACCUAAUUGUGUGGUUGUUAGCUCAAUCCUACAAUGUUUGUGUAGAAUGGGUAUGGUCAGUGAAGCAGUAGAUCAAUUCAUGAGUUUUAAGGACUCUGGAAUUUUCCUUGAUGGGGUUUCAUACAAUAUCGCAAUGGAUGCUUUAUGUAAGAUGGGAAAAAUGGAAGCAGCUGUGGCAUUGCUUGAUGAGAUGAAGGGUAAGAAGAUUGAUCCAGAUAUUAUACAUUACUCCACUUUGAUUAGUGGGUAUUGCCUACAAGGCAAACUGAUGGAAGCUGAGAAAGUUUUUGAGGAAAUGAAGGAAAUGGGUGUUAAGGUCGACAUUAUAGCUUACAACAUACUUGCCAGUGGGUUCUCCAGAAAUGGGCAUGCACAAGAGGCAUUCAGGCUUCUGGAUUCAAUGGAAACCCAAGGUUUGAAGCCCAACACUAUUACAUACAGAAUUAUCAUUGAAGGCCUGUGUUUUUCAGGCAAGGUGAAUGAGGCAGAAGCUUUCUGGUAUGGCUUGGAAGUAAAGUGUGUUGAUACUUACUCUGCAAUGAUUAAUGGCUACUGUGAAUCAAACCAUGUCAGGAAAGCAUAUGAACUUUUUAUUGGAUUGUGUGAUCAAGGAGUCCUUGUGAAGAAUGAUGUCUGCUUGAAAUUGCUCAGUAACCUUUGUGCUGAGUGUGAUUUGGACAGAGCUCUAGUGGUGUUUGAGAGAUUGUUGGCAUUGGGUGUGGAACCCAAUAAGAAUACAACGGGUAAACUUCUAACUGCUUUUUGUCAGGACAGAGACAUGAGGAGGGCACGAUCUGUGUUUGAUAUUUUUGUUGAGAGAGGGUUAACCCCAGAUGCCAUCAUGUACACCAUAAUGAUAAAUGGAUACUGCAGGAUGAAUUACUUGCGAGAAGCCUGCGAUCUUUUUAAUCAAAUGAAAGAGAAGGGGGUUAAACCAGAUAUAAUAACUUAUACAGUUUUGCUUGAUGGUUAUUUAAAGAUAACUUUAAGACAAGGUCGUUCUUCAACCUCUGAGGAGAGAAAGCAGCAAAAAUUUGGUGCUUCAGCCCUGUGGACUGAGAUGAAAGAGAUGGACAUCGAACCUGAUGUUAUUUGCUAUACUGUUUUGAUUGAUGGCCACUGCAAGAUAUAUGACCUCCAGGAUGCGCUUGCUCUUUUUAACGAAAUGGUGGAAAGAGGACUGACACCUGAUGUUAAGACAUAUACCCCUCUUGUGUCCAUCUAUUGUAGUAAUGGUGAUUUGAAGAGUGCCGUAAGCCUUGUUUAUGAAAUGUUAUCCAAAGGUAUACAGCCAGAUACCCGUAUUAUCUCUGUGUUGAAGGCCCAAAAGGUUCAAUUACAGCAGUGACCACUGAUGACUAGAGGGGGCUGAACAAAUCCAAGUUGUUUAAACUGGCCAUUGUAUGUGCUUCAGCGGUAAGAUAACAAAGAGUUGCACUAAUUUCUAAUGGUUUAAUCUCUGAAAGCCUAGUUUGGACAGUUUGAA